CCCGGCCGGCGGAACCCCUCACGCUCAGUUUUGCCCAGAGUUGCGUCGGGAGCGGUCUUGCGACGUGCGGCGUGCGGAAAAGGAGAUCAGGAAGACAAGCUGGUAGGGCUGCCCGUAGACCGAAUACAAGACAAUCCGUGUGCUCCACCAGCACCAUGGUGCCGAAGCAGGAGCAUGAUGAAAACAACAACGACGUGUACAGCAUGGCGCCGUUGGCGAAUGCUCUGCCUGCUCUGCCGGUGCAGAGCGGGCCAGUGGUGCACGCCGGCCGCCCCUACCCCGGCCCCUACGUCCAGAGCGCCGUGCACAACGAGCAGUACAACACCCAGCUGCGGCUGCUGAACCUCAUCAUCGACUCGGGCUACGACAUGAUCCAGUGCAACGGGCAGCGCCGCACCGGGCCGCCCAAGAACUGGAAGGGGCCGCCGCCCGGCAAGGGCUGCGAAAUCUUCAUUGGCAAGAUCCCCAGGGACCUGUACGAGGACGAGCUGUUCCCUCUGCUGACCCAGUUCGGCAAGCUGUACGAACUCCGCCUCAUGAUGGACUUCUCGGGGACCAAUCGGGGCUUCGGCUUCGCCCAGUUCUCCACCCGGGAGGAGGCCAGGAACGCCGCCAAGAAGCUGGACGGGCACCCCAUCCGGCCCGGCAAGUACCUGGGCGUCAUGAAAUCCCUGGACAACAGGCGGCUCUUCGUCGGGGGCCUCCCCAAGGAGAAGAACCGGGACGAGAUCAUGGAGGAGCUCUCCAAACUGGUGUCCGGGAUCGUCAACGUGAUCCUGUACUCUUCCGUGGUGGACAAGACGAAGAACAGGGGCUUCGCGUUCGUGGAGUUCGAGAGCCACCGCGUGGCGGCUAUCGCCCGCAGGAAGAUGAUUCCCGGAGGCGUUGUCCUGUGGGACCACGAGCUGGCCGUGGACUGGGCCGAGCCGGAGCCCGAAGUGGCGGAGGACAUCAUGUCUAAGUCAGUGAAAGUGCUGUACAUGAGGAACCUCAUGCUGCAUACCUCUGAGUCAAUGAUUAAGGAGGUGAUUGAGACUGUAGGACAAAUUCCUAAGGCUGCCAUUGAGAAAGUUAAGAAGCUGAAGGACUUUGCGUUCUUGCACUUCACUGAUCGCCAUUAUGCAGAGCAAGCACUGCCGCGUCUCAACAACAUAGUCAUCGAAGGUGCCACAGUUACAGUGGUGUGGGCGAAACCACCGAGGGACCGUGUGCAGGUGAAAGGGCGAUCCCUGAGCCACGAUAGCCUGACACACUCUGACGAUGAUGCCUCCCUCAACCAUCAUCGAGGAAGACCCAUUUUGCCAUGCGAUCAAAGUGUCUCUCCUAUGCAUGUAUUCCCUUCUCCUCACCCUUAUUAUGAUACUCUAGUUUUGCUCUCUGGCCAGGCUGAACCUAAGGUUGACAUUACGUCUUGGACUUCCCCUACUAAUGGGGAUAGUCUUAUGUUCUUGGCUAGGCUCACAGUCCCCUUUGUGCAGCCGCCAUACAACAUGUUCACGGGGAAUUAUGCUCCUACUCCCCAAGGUGCCCUGAAUUCUGCUGCGGAGUGUGUCAUUGCUUGGCUGUCUAGGAAUGGUGUACCUAGCACUCCUUGUGUGACUCAGGCUGUCAAUUACUACUGCCCCCAGACACCAAGCCCCCUCCACUUCCAGGGGAAUCACUAGACAACAGCUAUGGCCGUAGUGUGAAGAGUUUUGACUGAUGCUCACUCACUUG